UCCACUCCGCCGCUCGCUGCACGCUGGGCUCGCUACUCUCCACAGGACCGGCGGACAAAGCGCGGGGGCGCACGGGAACCAACACGUCCGGCGAACUUUGUGGCCGCGCUCAACUCCUGGACUCGCGUCUGUGUGUGUGUGUGUGUGUGUGUGUAUGGGGAGAGGAACACGUUCAUGAUGGACAUAUGGUUGCUUCUUGUGGAUCAGUAGCCGCUGAAACAAAGGCAGAGUUUUGGAGACUGUUUCCUACUGUCUGUUCUUACAUCUCCGUCCUGAGGAGACAUGGAGUAGACCCGGGAUUUAACGCAUUGUCUGCAUGCAAAACAGACGUGCUGGACGGAUCGGAUGCACAGUUUCCAUACAGUAAUCCGAGGGAUUAAACGAAAGAAAAGGGUGCAAUGGAUAAUUUCUUCACGGAGGGAGCCCGGGUGUGGCUGAAGGAAGAUGACCAGUACCUGCCCAGCACGGUGUCCACCUGCUCCGGAGGCGUGGUCGUCAUCGUCAGCGACUAUGGCCAGGUGUACACCUACAAGCAGAACGCCCUGAGCAGGCAGAAGGUGCAGGCCAUGCACCCCAGCAGCAUCCAGGGGGUGGAGGACAUGGCCACGCUGGACGACCUCCACGACGGAGCCAUCAUGCACAACCUCCACCUCAGAUACCAGCACCGCAAGAUCUAUACGUACAUCGGGUCCAUCCUGGCGGCGGUGAACCCCUACCAGCCCGUCCCGGAGCUCUACGGACCGUCCGCCGUGGAGCGCUACUCGCGCCAGCACCUGGGCGCCAUGGAGCCCCACAUCUACGCCGUGGCCAACGAGUGCUACAGGGCCCUCUGGAGGAGGGGCCACAGCCAGUGCGUCCUCAUCAGCGGGGAGAGCGGAGCCGGGAAGACGGAGAGCACCAAGCUGAUCCUCCGCUUCCUGUCGGCCAUGAGCCAGACCUCCCUGGAGGCCUCCUCCAGAGACAGGACCACCCCAGACCGGACCGCCCCAGACAGGACCGCCCCAGACAGGACCGCCCCAGACAGGACCGCCCCAGACCGGACCGCCCCAGACAGGACCGCCCCAGACAGGACCGCCCCAGACAGGACCGCCCCAGACAGGACCGCCCCAGACAGGACCGCCCCAGACAGGACCCCCUCCCUGGAGGUCUGCUCCAGAGACCGGACCCCCCGAGUGGAGGAGGCCCUGCUGGAGAGCAGUCCCAUCAUGGAGGCGUUCGGGAACGCCAAGACGAUCCACAACAACAACUCCUCCCGCUUCGGGAAGCUGGUCCAGCUGCACUUCAGCCAGCGGGGGAACAUCCAGGGGGGCCGCAUCGUGGACUACCUGUUAGAAAAGAAUCGGGUUGUGCGUCAGAACCCUGGAGAGAGGAACUACCACAUCUUCUAUGCCCUGCUGGCCGGGACACACACCCCACAGAGAGAGGCCCUAGGUCUGACCCAUGCAGACCACUACUACUAUCUGAAGCAGUCCGGUUGUGUGGACGACAAGACCAUCAACGACACACACACCUUCAAGGAGGUCAUGAAUGCAAUGCGCACGACGCAGUUCUCGGAGGAGCACAUCGGGGACAUCCUGCGCCUCCUGGCGGGGGUCCUCCACGCGGGGAACAUCGAGUUCAUGACCGCAGGAGGUGCUCAGGUCUCCUCCCCCGCAGCUCUCAGCAGAACGUCGGACCUCCUGGGUCUGAACCCGGAGCAGCUGUCGGAGGUCCUGACCCAUCGCUCCAUGAUCCUCCGAGGAGAGGAGAUCUGCACCCCGCUCACCGUGGAGCAGGCGGUCGACUCCCGGGACUCGAUGGCGAUGGCGCUGUACUCCCAGUGCUUCGCCUGGAUCAUCCGCCGCCUCAACGCUCGUAUCCGCGGCAACGACGACUUCCUGUCCGUCAGCAUCCUGGACAUCUUCGGCUUCGAGAACUUCGAGGUGAACCGCUUCGAGCAGUUCAACAUCAACUACGCCAACGAAAAGCUGCAGGAGUACUUCAACAAGCACAUCUUCUCCCUGGAGCAGCUGGAGUAUAACAGGGAAGGCCUGGUGUGGCAGGACAUCAACUGGAUGGACAACGGAGAAUGUCUGGACCUCAUCGAGAAGAAACUGGGCCUGCUGGCUUUGAUCAACGAGGAGAGCCACUUCCCCAAGGCCACCGACGGCACUCUGCUGGAGAAGCUCCACAGCCAGCACUCGAAAAACUCGUUCUACGUGAAGCCGCGUGUGGCGGUCCACUACUUCGGAGUCAAGCACUACGCCGGAGAGGUAGUGUACGACGUUCGGGGCAUGCUGGAGAAGAACAGAGACACGUUCCGCGAUGAUGUCCUCAACCUGUUGAGAGAGAGCCGAUUGGACUUUGUGUACGACCUGUUUGAGCACGUGUGUAGCCGCAGUGGGGGGGACACCCUGAAGACCAGCGUCAAGCACCGCCGGCCCACUGUCAGCUCCCAGUUCAAGAACUCCCUCCACUCUCUGAUGGCGUCGCUAAGCUCCUCUCAUCCCUUCUUCGUCCGCUGCAUCAAACCAAACACACACAAGAUGCCCGAGCAGUUCAACGCGGUGGUGGUGCUGAACCAGCUCCGCUACUCUGGGAUGCUGGAGACGGUGAAGAUCCGGCAGCACGGCUUCCCGAUCCGGAGGCCCUUCCAGGACUUCUGCUGCAGGUACAAGGUGCUAAUGAGGGGUGUGGCCCUGGCCGAGGACCCCAGGGGGCGGUGCCUUGAGCUGCUCCAGACCUACGACAGCAGCAGCAGCCAAUGGCAGCUUGGCAAAACCAAGGUGUUCCUCAGAGAGUCUCUGGAGCAUCGCCUGGAGAAGGAGCGCGAGGAGGAGGUUCUGCGGGCGGCCAUGAUCAUCCAGGCCCAUGUACUGGGCUUCAUCGCCAGGAAACAAUACAGGAAGCAGCUGCAGUGCAUUGUGGUCAUUCAGAAGAACUACCGGGCGUUCUUCUGGCGCCGGAGGUUCCUGCUGCUGCGGCAGGCGGCGCUCACCUUCCAGCGGCUCGUCCGCGGCCGGCGAGCCCGCCGCCUCUGCAGCCUGCUCCUGGAGGAGAGGAGGAGCAGGGAGGAGGAGGAGGAGAGGAGGCGCAGCGAGGAGCGGAGGGAGAUGGAGAGAGAAAGACAACGGUUGGAGACUGAGUUACUUGCGAAACAGGCGGAGGCAGCGAGGGCGCUAGAGGAGGCUCGGUGCGAGGAGGCGCUCGGGGUGGAGCCCGGUUCCCCCCUGGUCCCGGGCUCCGUGGAGGAGGAGGAGGCGCCGGCGGCGGCGCCGGACGGGAUCCGCCCCCAGGAGGUGUCCAAGGUGGAGGAGAUCCUCCGCCUGGAGCGGGAGAUCCAGGCCCUGCAGCGGCAGAAGGAGCGACAGGAGCUGUCCCUCACGGAGGCCUCCCUGUGCCGGCUGCACCUCCUCCGGGACCAGGAGCUGCGGCGGCUGGAGGACGACGCCUGCAAGGCCGCCCAGCAGUUCCUCGACUCGCUCAACUUCGACGAGAUCGACGAGUGCGUCCGCAACAUCGAGAGUUCGCUGGGCUCCGGCGGCGAGGCGGCGGUGGCGGCGGCGCCGGCCAAGGGGGGCGGCGACGAGGGGGAGCAGGAGGAGGAGGAGGAGGAGGAGGUGGACGAGGGCUUCGGCGCCGACGACGACAAAGACUCGCCCAACCCCAGCGAGCACGGCCACUCGGACGGCCAGCGCACCAGCGGCAUCCGCACCAGCGACGACUCGUCGGAGGAGGACCCGUACGCCAACGACGGCAUAGCCCCGCCCCCCGGCCCGCUGCACCCGGGGGGGGGGGCCCUCCCACCGCCGCCGCCGCCGCCGCCGCCCAUCGCCUGCCACAGCGUGUCCUCCAGCGGGGACUCGGCCUACUGCCACCCCCAGGCCUCGUCGGAGGCCCCGUCGGAGGUGGAGCUGAUCCCGCCCGACGAGGACUCGGACUACGACCAGGACGACUACGACCAGGACGCCCUGGGCUCCAGCGCCGGGCGGCCCGGGUCGCACCCCCGCAGCGGGCAGUGGUCGCCGGACUACCAGGGCUCCCUGGGCACCUACAGCAGCUCGGCGGCAUACCGCUUCAGCUCCGAGGGGCCGCAGUCUUCGUUGGAGGACAGCGAGGAGGACUUCGACCGCUUCGAGACGGACGAGGAGCUGUCGUACCGCCGUGACUCUGUGUACAGCUGCGUCACGCUACCCUACUUCCACAGCUUCCUCUUCAUCAAGGGCGGUCUGAUGAACACGUGGCGGCGGCGCUGGUGCGUGCUGAAGGACGAGACCUUCCUGUGGUUCCGGGCCAAGCAGGAGGCCCUGAAGCAGGGCUGGCUCCACAAGAAGGGCGGCGGCUCCUCCACGCUGUCGCGCCGCAACUGGAAGCGCCGCUGGUUCGUGCUGAGGCAGAGCAAGCUCAUGUACUUUGAGAACGACGGCGAGGACAAGAUGAAGGGCAUGCUGGACAUGCACGCCGCCAAAGAGGUGGUAGAUAACACGGGUAAGGAAAACGGGCUGGACAUCGUGAUGGCCGACAGAACGUACCACCUGAUCGCAGAGACCGCAGAGGACGCCAGCCAGUGGUUCAGUGUUCUGAGCCAGGUGCAGGGAUCCACGGAGCAGGAGAUCAGAGAGAUGCACGAUGAGCAGGCCAACCCCCAGAAUGCAGUGGGGACUCUGGAUGUGGGGAUGAUUGAUUCAGUUUGUGCAUCAGACAACCCAGAGAGGUCCAACUCGUUUGUGAUGAUCACGGCGAACCGCGUGCUGCAGUGCCAGGCGGACACGCCGGAGGAGAUGCACCACUGGAUCACCCUGCUGCAGCGCUGCAAGGGCGACACGCGCGUGCACGGCCAGGAGUUCAUCAUCAGGGGCUGGCUGCAGAAGGAGCUGAAGAACAGCAGCCGCGCGGCUCUGAAGCUGAAGAAGCGCUGGUUCCUGCUGACGCACAACUCCCUGGACUACUACAAGAGCUCGGAGCGCCAGGCACUGAAGCUGGGGACGCUGGUGCUCAACAGCCUCUGCUCCGUGGUGCAGCCCGACGACAAGGUCUUCAAGGAGACCGGCUACUGGAACGUGACGGUGUUCGGGCGGAGGCACUCGUACCGCCUCUACACCAAGCUGCUGACGGAGGCGUCCCGCUGGGCCGGCGCCAUCCAGACCGUCAUCGACUCCAAGGCGCCCAUCGACACGCCCACGCAGCAGCUCAUCCACGACAUCAAGGAGAACUGUCUGAACUCUGAGGUGGUGGAGCAGAUCUACAAGAGGAACCCCAUCCUCCGUCACAGCCACCACCCGCUCCACUCGCCCCUGCUGCCCCUGCCCUACGGGGACAUCCACCUCAGCUCCCUGAGGACCAAGGGCCCCACCACCCUGCAGGACGAGGCGCUGAAGGUGUUCGCCUCGCUGCAGCACCUGGAGGGCGUGGCGGACCCCCUGCCCGUCAUCCAGGGGGUCCUGCGGACGGGCCAGGAGCUGCGGCCCCUGAGGGACGAGCUGUACUGCCAGCUGGUGAAGCAGACGGCGCGGCCCUCCCACCCCGGGGGCCCCGGGAACCUGUGCAGCUGGAGGAUCCUGGCCUGCAUGGCCUGCACCUUCCUGCCCAGCCGCGGCGUGCUCCGCUACCUCAAGUUCCACCUCAAGAGGACGAAAGAGCUGUCCCCCAACUCGGAGAUGGAGCGCUACGCCUCGUUCGCCCUGGACUCCCUGAAGAAGACCCGCACCCGGGAGCACGUCCCGGCGCAGGAGGAGAUCCGGGCCAUCGUGGCCCGCCAGGAGAUGACCACCAUGGUGCACUGCCACGGCGGGGGGUCCUGCAAGAUCACCAUCAACUCCCACACCACCGCCGGCGAGGUGGUGAAGAAGCUGACCUGGGGCCUGGCCAUGGAGGGCAGCAGGAACAUGUUCGCUCUGUUCGAGCACAACGACAGCGUGGACAAGGCCAUCGAGGGCCGCGCCGUGGUGGCCGACGUGCUCGCCAAGUUUGAGAAGCUGUCAGCUGGCCAGGACCCCCAGGCCACCGGCUGGAGGUUCUACUUCAAGCUGUACUGCUUCCUGGACACCGACGGCGUUCCCAGGGACAGCGUGGAGUUCGCCUUCAUGUUCGAGCAGGCCCAUGAGGCUGUGAUCCGCGGCCGCUACCCGGCCCCUGAGGAGACGCUCCAGUUCCUGGCGGCCCUGCGGCUGCAGUACCUCCUGGGGGACCACGGCUCCCCGGCCCCCCUCCCCGACAUGGCCCAGGUGUUCCCCGUGGCGCGGCUCCGCGCCCGCGUGCAGAACUCGGCCAAGACCUUCGCCCCGGGCGCCGGCUCGGCGUCGGAGCGCUCCUCCUCCGGGAGCGGCGAGAGGAAGCGCUCCAGCUUCCUGGAGGGAACGCUGAGGAGGAGCUUCCGGAGCGGCUCGCUGAGCCGGCAGAAGCUGCUGGAGGAGGAGAACUCGCUGGAGGCGUGGCUGCGCGAGGAGACGGCGGCGGUGCACGCCAGCGUGCUGGACAAGUGGCGGCGGCUGGUGGGGAUGAACCAGGAGCAGGCCAUGGGGAAGUACAUGGCGCUGGUGAAGGAGUGGGCGGGCUACGGCUCCACGCUCUUCAACGUCGAGAGCACUGACGAGGCGUUCCCCAGCGAGCUGUGGCUGGGCGUCAGCCGGCAGGCCGUGUCGCUCUACAAGCGCGGGGAGCCCUGGCCCCUGGAGGUGUUCCCCUACGAGCAGAUCCUCUCCUUCGGGGCCCCGCUGCCCAACGCCUACAAGAUCGCCGUGGAGGGCCGUGAGCUGCUCUUCGAGACCCCUCUGGUGAUGGACAUCGCUAAGCUGAUGAAGGCCUACAUCAGCAUGAUGGUGAUGAAACGCCACAGCAACCCCCAGUCGCUCAGCAGUCACGGCAGCCAGAGCAGCGCCUGGUGACCCCCUGGUGACCCCCAGGACCUCUGAACUUUGACCUCUGACCCGGGCGCUGUGUGGGUACAGCGCCCGGCGUCUUGACGGGCCAGGACCCGAAGAGGGGGAGGAGCCUGGCGUCAUGGAGACAAAAACCCACCACAUCCCCACCAGGAACCAAACUCGUGUACAUAGGUCGUUGUUAACCACAGUUGGGGUCAGGGUUAGGCUCUGACCCUGAGGUUAGACUCUGACCCUAGACUCUGACCCUGAGGUUAGGCUCUGACCCUGAGGUUAGACUCUGACCCUGAGGUUAGACUCUGACCCUGAGGUUAGGCUCUGACCCUGAGGUUAGACUCUGACCCUAGACUCUGACACUAAGGUUAGACUAUCUAACCCUGACCCGGAUUUACAGAAAUUCGUUAUUUUCAAAGAAUCACAGUGGUCGUUAAGGGUAGGGGUUACGGUUAGCCUGAACUUCACCCUUAUCCUCACCUUGAAGGAAAAUAUUGUGUCAGGAAAGGAGCGAACUUGACUUGGUAUUGUUGGUGGAGUUGGUUGUUGGUGGACUUUGAUUCUGUGGGGAAAUCUUUUUGUUUCAAGUUAAACUGCUCAUUUUGUUUUCCAUAUGCUAGGUGCUGUCACACUUCACGGGCUGUUACUAUACUGUGUGUGUGUGUGUGUGUGUGUGUGUGUGUGUGUGUGUGUGUGUGUGUGUGUGUGUGUGUCUGUCUGAGUUUCUUUUUGUGUGUGGGUGGGUCUUUUGACUGUCGGAAUGUAAAAAAACAAGCAGAGAAUUUGUAAAAAGAAAAAAAGAAAGUACUUACAGGAUUUGAGUGUGGGCCUCGUGUCGAGCUAUAUCCAGGUCUGUUUGUAAAUGUACAUCCUUAUGCAGCCGCCUUGAACAUUUCAACCCAUGCUGGGAUCUCACCGGACCCUGCCGUGCCGGCCUCGAGGACUCUCAGUCAGGACCGAGCUCGCUGUCCAUCCAGGUAUCCCUCUCGUUGUUCUCGAGACGCUGCCGUCUCUCCUGUCCUACCGACGUUCCUUAAUGCGUUCACAAGGACCUACGUCGAGUCCUACACACACACUGGCGUCUGGACGGCAUUUUGUGAAUCCUAAUCAGUUCAUGGAGAGAGUUUGUAUCACAGAAGGGAUACGAAUCAUCCAUACUCUUCUGUAUCGGCUUAAGGAAAACCAGUCGGUCUGAUCUAAACCGUACUCUUUAUUCUAUAGUGUACUCUCUGCUACAAAACGUUUUUCGGACUCGUGGUUUGUUUCUGAUUGGUCGCAGGUUUAUUCAUGUCUGAACUACAUUUCUUCAGGAGCAGAACUACAUUUCCCAGGAGCACCGCGGGCGGUCGGUCCAUCCAAAGCUCUUUGCCGUCUGUGCCUUAUUGUAUAUUGUGUACACUUUAAGUAACGCCAUCUUCUGUCGAGUUGUAAUGUGCAAUGUCUGGUUUGUGAUUGAUGGUGUAUCCACUAGCUGUACAUUUUAUACCGCUGCCCUUUGCCUUCAGUUUGAUUUUGGACCACGAGGUGAUAUUUUAUAGAUAAUCAUGUUGUAUUUUUCCUUACGAUUACAGUGAAUCCAUCAUCAACAGAAAUACUGGAUUCUUGAUGCUUUUGUAUCUGUAUUGGCUCUGUUGUGUAUGUAGGCCUACAAUAUGGCUCUGACAAUAAACCAUAAAUAUUUA